CCACAACACAUCAGCAACGGUGGAUGCAAAGGUGGCAUGGCCGCAAAGGAAUUCAGCGCAUAUCACAACCAACGACCUUGGAUGGUACGACGCCCUAUUCGUGUUCGAUCGCGAACCAACACUCCCGCUCCUCUGAGGAUCACGACGGAGAUAUCUGAAGACGCCAAGUUGAAACCCAUCCCUGUUCACAACAUGGGAAUUAUCUCUCCCGCGGCGUCCACUCCAGCCGUACCUCCUGUCGUACCAGAAGAUUCCGGCGAAACGACGGGCAGAGAGGUUACCGACGAGUUGACCGCCAAGGAAAUCGACGCAAGCGAGCUGCCUUUACCUGCGUCUCCUCCAAUCGAUUGUCGGUUUACGGAUUUCUCGAACCUGCUGGGCAUCAACGUCCAUCCUCCACCAGAGGAUGAGGCUGUUGCAAUGCCCCCCGACGAGCCUGCAUCAUAUUGCCAUGUCGCACCUGACGAGGAUCUCUAUGGAUGGGAUGCCGAGCUUGAGCGGCAAAGCCAGCAGAGCAGCCCAGUCUUGCCGUAUUCGUGCGACGCUGAUUACCAGUACCGACGGACGAGCAUGACGAAGCGUAGCCUCUUGCACCGAGUCUUCAGCAUGGGAGGUUCACCUAAGGACAUAAAUAUCGAAGUGCGCCGAGCUAGCAGCACCUCGAGCUAGCAUCUUACCUCCUUUUCCUCAUUUUCGUGUUUUUUUUUUCGUUUGUUUUUUUGCUUGGAGCAAAGCCAUGAUACCAAUUUCAUCUCUACCCUUCUCGGCGUUUGCCCAGCAUUCUCACUUCAACUUUGUAUUCUGGCAUCACAUUACAAACCACCUGGCGGAACAACAUUAUCAUACAUGCAUUACUAGGGAAGCAAAAGAGAAAUGAUAGACAUAGGUUCAGGACAUUUCGAAGUGGAGUUUUUGUGGCAUUUAUGUGGCUCGGCCUGGAAAAUCUCAUGAUGCAUUGCGAGGAGCUUUGGCGGGCAGCGGUCGAUUUUUAACCGUUUGGAUUUUUUUUAUUUUUUUUAUUGCUUUUUUCAUCUAAGGCGAAAUAGGGAAGCAAA